ACGACUCAUCCCUCUUCUCCCCCCAAAAGGAAGGAUAGAAGACCCCCAGCCCUCCUCUGCUUCUCCAAAUUCCCUUUGUUUUCGUAACCAAGCUCGAGUUUGGAGAUAGACGAAGACGCACUCGCUCGCUUCCAUGGAGAUGCUGGGCUCGUCUCUGCUCCGGACGACGACCCCUCUGCUUCGUUCAUCUAGCUCGUCGCUGUUCCCGGGUGACCGACCGAGCGACCUCCUCUUCUCCCAUGCUUCGUUCCCGUCGAGGCAGAGGAUUGGUCUAGCCAGGAGAGUGGUGAGAUCUCCGGUGGCCGCGGUCGUGCUGACAGAGAGGUUCGUGAGGACAGAGGCGGAAGAGAAGCCGGUGUGGUUUAAGGUCCAGGCGGCUGUGACGGUGAGGAGGAGGAAGCAGGAGGAUCUCAAGGAGAGCAUCGCGAACCAGGUGGAUGCUUUCUUGGACAAGAUGGGGAAAAAUGUUGUGAUGGAGCUCGUCAGCACCGAGAUCGAUCCCAAAACGCGGAAGCCCAAGACGAGCAACCGGGCGGCGCUACGGGGCUGGUUCGAAAAAAAGAACACGAAAGCGGAGCGGGUCGUCUACACGGCGGAGUUCGCGGUGGACUCCAGCUUCGGCGAGCCGGGAGCUAUCACGGUGCUCAACCGACAUCAGAGUGAGUUCUUCCUGGAGAGCAUCGUGGUAGAGGGCUUCGCCUGCGGCCCCGUCCACUUCGCUUGCAAUUCUUGGGUCCAGCCCACCAGCGUUCACCCCAACAGCAGGGUUUUCUUCGGCAACAAGCCGUAUCUGCCGUCGCAGACGCCCGCCGGACUGAGGGAGCUGAGGCAGCAGGAGCUGAAGGCGCUGAAGGGCGAUGGCAAUGGCGAGAGGAAACUGACCGACAGAAUCUACGAUUACGACACGUACAACGACUUGGGCAACCCCGACAAAGGGAUUGAAUUUGCCCGGACGACCCUCGGAGGAGAGAAGAUGCCUUUCCCGAGGAGGCUGAGGACAGGGAGAGCCCCAACAGCCACAGAUUCACAUGCGGAGAGUAGGGUAGAAGAUCCCCUACCCAUGUACGUGCCUCGCGACGAGAGAUUCGAGGAGGGCAAGCAGGAGAUGCUAAAAGCAGGGGCUCUAAAGGCGGUGCUCCACAACCUCGUGCCUUUGCUGGUCGCUUUCCUCUCCCCGCAGAGCCAUGACUUCAAGGCCUUCCAUGAGUUGGACAACCUCUUCAAAGAAGGACUACGCUUGAAGCGAAGCUUACAAGAUCAACUCUUCCACAAGAUCCCAUUUGUGACCAAGAUCGAAGAAUCAAGCGAGGGAUUACUCCGAUAUGAUACGCCAGACAUAAUCACAAAGGACAAGUUCGCAUGGCUGCGCGAUGAUGAGUUCGCCCGUCAAACUCUAGCGGGGAUCAACCCUGUCAACAUAGAAAGGCUUCAGGUGUUUCCUCCUGUCAGUAGGCUUGACCCUUCCGUGUAUGGUCCACCUGAAUCCGCCAUCACGGAAGAGCAUAUCACUAGCCAUCUCAAUGGCAUGUCCGUUCAACAGGCAUUGGAGGAGAAGAAGCUUUUUAUACUGGACUUCCAUGAUGUCUACCUCCCCUUUAUUGAUCGGAUCAAUGCGCAAGAUGGGCGAAAAGCAUACGGCACGCGCACCGUCUUCUUCCUCACCGAGUUGGGAACUCUUAAGCCGAUUGCCAUCGAGCUGAGUCUACCGCCGGUGAGACCUGGGGAUGCUCGGACGAAGCGCGUCCUCACGCCGCCGACUGAUGCCACGGGCAACUGGCUUUGGCAGCUCGCCAAGGCGCAUGUCUGCUCCAACGACGCCGGCGUUCACCAACUUGUGAAUCAUUGGUUGAGAACUCAUGCCUCCGUAGAGCCCUUUACACUGGCGGCUCAUCGACAACUAAGUGCGAUGCAUCCCAUCUUCAAGCUGCUGAAGCCCCACAUGCGAUACACGUUAGAGGUCAACGCCCUGGCUCGCCAAAUCCUCAUAAACGGCGGCGGAGUGAUCGAGUCCGGCUUCACACCUGGUCCGGUCUGCAUGGAGAUUAGUGCGGCGGCGUAUCGCGAUCACUGGCGCUUCGAUCAGGAAGCACUCCCCGCUGAUCUCAUCAGAAGAGGCAUGGCGGUGGAGGACAAGACGCAGCCACACGGCCUGAGGCUCGUCAUCGAGGACUACCCGUACGCGACCGACGGCCUCCUGCUGUGGUCCGCGAUCCAGUCGUGGGUGGAAACCUAUGUCGCCGCCUACUAUUCGGACGACGAGGCCGUGCAAUCCGACUCGGAGCUCCAGAGCUGGUACUCUGAGGCCGUCAACGUCGGCCACGCCGACAAGCGCCACGCACCGUGGUGGCCGCGCCUGUCGAGCCCCGCCGAGCUGAGCUCCGUCCUCACCACCCUCAUCUGGCUCAGCUCCGCCCAGCACGCGUCUCUCAACUUCGGCCAGUACCCGCUCGGGGGUUACAUCCCGAACCGCCCGCCGAUGAUGCGGCGGCUCGUCCCGAUGGAGGGCGACCCGGAGUACGAGCACUUCCGGGCCGACCCAGUCAAGUUCUUCCUGUCGGCGCUUCCGAGCCUGACUCAGGCGACGACGUUCAUGACGGUGAUCGACACGCUGUCUACGCACUCGGUGGACGAGGAGUACCUGGGGGAGCGACCGGACCCGUACACGUGGACGGGGGACGGCGAGAUGGUGGAGGCGUUCCACGAGUUCGCGGCGGAGGUGAGGCGGGCCGAGACGGAGAUCGCAAGGCGGAACGCCGAUCCGGCGAGGCGGAACCGGUGCGGCGCCGGCGUCUUGCCGUACGAGUUGAUGGCGCCGAGUUCGGGACCCGGGAUCACGUGCCGCGGGGUUCCCAACAGCGUGUCCAUCUGAUCCACGUCACACUACGCAUCUUUCAAUCAAAUCCAAAGGAACCCAAAUAGGGAUUCCUUAUAAAGAUGUGGGCUGUUCUUAUGUAAAUAAUUCAGUAUAGUGGAUGUUCAUUAAAUAUAUGAAAUAGCGAUUGGCAUUUUUUCCAUGUAUUAUUUAUUCAAAAGAGAACAAAAUAGGGGCAAAAAAACCUUUGAUUC